AUGGUAAAGAGAAAGAACAACUCUGGCCGAGGAAAACGCCUCAAAGACAAACUAAGAAAGAGAGAACAGAGGCAGGAGAAGACCCUCCCCACAUCAGAUGCCCAACCUGAUGAUAAACCACCAGAGUCUACUGUCCCUUUUGGGGCAGUAGAUGGAGCUGUCUCAGUUCCACCCAGUAACUUUCUGGGGCACGGCUCUAUAGGGUUGCCGCCUAUUGAGGGAAAACCCUUGGCCAGGUUGCAGGCCUCUCUUCGCGAGAAAAUGCAACCAACUGCCCUGAGUAACGCAUCUUCUCAGGGAAGUCGUCUGUGUGCCCGAAACGGAGGCAUGGCACCGUCCCCUGACUCCCCACCGUGGGUUUGUACUCCAGCGAGGGUACCUGAGCCGGACACCGUGCACGUGUCUGGCUCAGCAGGUCAGGCGCAGCUGGAUAUGUCAUCCUCCAAGGGGGAUGAGUCCAGCAGGAGAUUGAUUGAUGCAAACCAGAUUAAAAGAACGAGAUCUAAAAAGGAUACUAAAAGGAAUUUAUAUGAUGAAAAUGAGAAUAUAGAAAAUGUAUAUGAGAGAAAUAAAUCAGAUUGCAGAUUUGAGAGAUCACAUACUGGUGGACUGGAUGGUGCUGAGUAUGCAUGUUUUAUUGAUGAUGAUCCAGUAACAAUGUCUCAGGUAACUGUUCAAGGUUCUUUUCAUCAGGGUGACUUUAUGUUUGGUGAAAAUGCAGGAACACAAUGUGUUGCAAACUGCUUAACAGCAUUAGCUUACCACAAAAUUAAGAAUGCCAAACAAUGGAAAACUCCAGAUAUGAAUAAAGUGUUAACAACAGGUGAUGAGCUUUAUACAUACUUGCAGCGUAGUUCAACCAUUGUUAGUAGAUACCUUUUAGUUGAUGAAUUGCCCCAGUUUUUUGAGUGUUUUAACACAAUGUUUGAGUUCAAAGCACAUGAAUCUUUAUGUAGCCUGAUAAAUUUGUCUGAAAUAGAGCCAAACUAUGAUGACUUUAAUGCAUAUUCAAUUUUAGAUGCAUUGGAGAUUGCUCUUGGAGAAACAAGUGGGUGUUUUAUGUGUUUCAGUGGAAAUACGUUUUUGAUUGGGAAAACAUCAGAUGGUUACUUUACAUUUGAUUCGCAUUCAAGAUCAUCAUUAGGGAAUAUGGCUUUUAAUGGAAAGAGUACAAGGAUACUGUAUCAAUCAGUUUAUGAUAUAUACAAUCAUGUAUUGUCAUUAGCAUUGUCAUUGGGACUUAGUGGAAUUAUUGAAUGUGAAGUAACUGGUGUGGAUUGUUCAGUUAGGAAGUUAUCAUCUACUGAUGAACAUUGUCUUCAAAAUGAGCAGACAGAAGUUUCACAUGAACUUAGAGAGUCUAAUCAAAGUUUUGAAGAAAGUGCAAACACUUUAAAUGAAAGUUGUCAGUCAGUUGCAGAUGAUGAUGUUGAAUUUGUUUGCAGUGAAAGUCAGAGUAUUGAUUUCUUGCCAUUAUCUAGCAGUAUGAAAAACCAGCUUUGUGAAAUUAUGGGAAUACCACAGUCCAACAAAGUUGAUAAUGAUGUCUGUCAUGUUGAAGAAAUAGGUGCACCUACUGGCUGUAUUGAAAUUCAAAGGGAUGGAAAUUGUUUCUUCAGGGCCAUUUCAUUUUGUUUGACUGGAGUUGAGGAUUAUCAUUACCUGAUACGAUCUGCAGUGUGUCAACAUCUGCUACACAAUACAAAAUUGUUUGAAACCUUUGUAAGACCUGCAGAACGUUCUGUUAAAAAUCACUUGUCUUUAACAGAUAUGUCAAAAGAUGGUUCAUGGGCAACUGAAACAGAAAUUCUUGCACUUUGUCAUCUCUUGAGUACUGAUGUACAUACAUAUACAGAGAAUCACUGGAUCACAUAUUCAAGACGAUUGAUAGAACCAACGACAAAUGUUCAGUCGUUAGGGUCAAUUUAUUUAGAUCACGAGAAUCAGAAUCAUUAUAAUGUAGUGGUAACAGUUGCAGGAAAAGAAACAGAUAGUUCAAUGAAAUCUGAUGAAUUUGUUGGGAACGAAGAGUACAGAAAAAAACAGAUAAAUCGAAACCGCAUGAGGGCAGUACGCAUUACUUCAUCUACGAAGAAAUUAUGUAAAAGUCAUGAAAUGAAACUAAGGAAUGGAGAUUACAUGGAAAGGAAAUCAAGAGCAGCGAAAUUGAAGUACAAGACAGACCUUAGAUUUAGAUUAAAAGCAUUAGCAGAUGGAAGAAAUAGGUACAGGAAUAACAAAGCGUAUCAAACAAAGGUAAAAGAAAGGAGUUUGAAAAAAUACACUUGUAACAAAGAACACAGGUUUAAAGUUAUGGAAUACAGCAAAAACUUUAGCAAAAGGAAAUACAUAGCAAAUGAUCUGUAUAGACAGUACAAGAAGAAAACAAGCAUUGAAAAAUAUGGUUCAGAUGUAGUGCAUAGAAUGAAUGUUAAGCAACAGAGUACAGAGAAGUACCAAAAUGAUGAUGUACACAGAAUGGAUGUUAAACGAAGGAGUACAGAGAAGUACAAGAAUGAUGGUGUACACAGAAUGGAUGUUAAACGAAGGAGUACAGAGAAAUACAAGAAUGAUGGUGUACACAGAAUGGAUGUUAAACAAAGGAGUACAGAGAAAUACAAGAAUGAUGGUGUACACAGAAUGGAUGUUAAACAAAGGAGUACAGAGAAAUACAAGAAUGAUGGUGUACACAGAAUGGAUGUUAAACAAAGGAGUACAGAGAAAUACAAGAAUGAUGGUGUACACAGAAUGGAUGUUAAACAAAGGAGUACAGAGAAGUACAAAAAUGAUGAUGUACACAGAAUGGAUGUCAGGCAAAGAAGCAUACAGAAGUACAAGAAUGAUGAAGUUCACAGAAUGGAUGUUAAACAAAGGAGUACAGAAAAGUACAAAAAUAAUGAAGAACACAAAGAUAAGGUAAAGACUGCUGGGAAAAGAAAAUAUAAUUUGAGUGCAGAUGAGAAGAGAAAAAAGAAAGAGAAUGUUCUUAAUCAGAGACGUGCUCUGAAAGUAAAACUGGAAGAUGAAGAUGAAGUUGUGAAAUUGUUUAAAGAAAGUGUAAGAAGUGGCCCAGAGUACACAUGUUGCUGUUGUCAUCGUUUAUUAUUUGAACACCAAGUCCAAGGUUGUAGACUUGAAAUGUACAAAGAAAGAAAGAAGGUGAAUGAUAUUGCACAGAUUUGCAUACAAAAGAAAUAUGUUCAUGAUUGUACAUUGUCUUGUCCAAUGCAUUGCCCACAGUCAUCAUUGUGGAUAUGUUUUACUUGUCACAGAAAAAUACUAAGUGGUAAUACACCAGCAGAGGCAGUUGUAAAUCGAAUGUCACUAGAAGAAAUUCCAAGUGAAUUAAAGAAUUUAAACAGUUUGGAGCAACAUCUCAUUGCCCUGCAUAUUCCAUUUAUGAAAGUGAUGGCUCUUCCCCAAGGUGGUCAAAGAAAUGUACAUGGACCUGUUGUGUGUGUGCCGUCUAAUGUGCAAAAGGCAACAAGUUUACCCCGAAAUGAGAAUGACAAUUUAUUGUUAAGAGUUAAGCUGAAACGAAAAUUAGCUUACAAGGGUCAUUUUGAAUACCAGUUUGUUAAUCCAAAUCAUAUUAAUAUGGCUCUUGAAUUUUUAAAGAAAGAGAACAGAUGGUAUAAGGAUGUUGGGAUUAAUACCACAUGGGAAGAAAAUGAUGACCAAAAUGAUUUGUUAUCAAAUAAGUCAACUGAAUUUGUAGACGAGGAAAUGAAAGAAGAAGACAGAGAUAAUAACCAAGAAGUUGUUACUGAUACAUGCUUACAACCUGUGGAUAUUGCACAAGAAGUUCUUGAUCAUUACUUUGACGAUGUUUACAAUAUAGCACCUGGUGAAGGGAAAAAUCCAAUCAGAAUGUUGCAAGAAGAGGGAAACGAAGCAAAGACAUUUCCUCAUUUAUUUCCAAGUGGCAACUUUUCUUGGAAUGAACAUCGAGACGUGAAAAUUACCUUAUCAAGGUAUUUUAACAACAGACUAAUGAAUUCUGAUAACAGAUUUGCUAAAGACACAAAUUACAUUUUCUUCUCACAGUACAUGUCAGAAUUGAAUCAAGUAAUUGAAAAAACACAGAUUUCAGUACGAAAGUCUUUAUCAAAGCUUGAUGGUGGAAAAGCAGUAACAUCUGAAAUGUUGCAAAAUCCAGACAUACUCUCCAAACUGCUGAGGAAUGAUGAGGCUUUACGCUUUAUGCAACCCAUUCGUGGAACACCUGCAUAUUGGUCAACUACUCAGAAAGAUCUGUUUGCUAUGCUACGACAGUUGGGUAUUCCAACAUGGUUUUGCUCUUUUUCUGCAGCAGAGUACAGAUGGAAUGAAAUUAUUGGAUCAAUAUUGCAUCAUGAUAAUGAUUCUAGAUUGCCUACUGAUUUAGACUGGUCAGAAAAGAGUGAAAUUUUGAGAAGUAAUCCAGUUACUGUGGCCAGAAUGUUUGAACAUAGAUUCCAUAUGUUUCAAAGACAUGUUAUACUCUCACCAUCAAAACCAAUAGGCAAUGUUACUGAUUAUUUUGUAAGAGUAGAAUUCCAGCAAAGGGGCUCUCCACACAUGCACUGCUUGUAUUGGGUUGAAAAUGCACCGAAAUUUGACGAGGAUGACGAGGAAACAGUUUGUGAUUUCAUCGAUAGAUAUAUCACAUGUGCUUUACCUUCUGAAAAUGAUGACUCAGAACUCCGGAGAAUUGUUUUAGGUGUUCAGCAGCAUAGCAAGAAUCAUUCAAAAUCAUGUAAGAAAAAGGGAACAGAUUGUAGAUUCAAUUUUCCAAGACCGCCGUCGCAAAGAACAUUUAUUACAAGACAAUGUGAGGAAGAGGAAAAGGACACGGAGACUGACGGAAAGUUCUGUAAAUCUCAAGCAAAAGAUAUCUUGCUGCAUGUUUGGAAUGAAGUACUUAAUGAUGAGAAUGAAUGCAAAACUACUGAGGAAAUGUUCAUGAAUAUGGGAUUAUCUCAAGAUUUAUAUGAAAAAGCACAUAGACUAUUAUCGGCAAAAACAAGUACUAUCUUGAGACGAAAUCCAGAUGAAAUGUGGACAAAUCAAUACAACACCUGCCUUCUGAAAUGCUGGGAUGCUAACAUGGACAUUCAGUACAUACUUGAUCCAUUUAGCUGUAUUGUGUACAUUAUUUCUUACAUUUCAAAAUCGGAACGGGAAAUGGGAAUGUUGUUGAAACAAACUCAAAUAGAAUCUGCUGAGGGGAAUUUAAAUGCUCGUCAAACGAUGAAAAAAAUUGGAUCAGCUUAUCUCAAUCAUAGAGAGGUCAGUGCACAAGAAGCAGUAUAUAGAGUCUGCAAUCUAAAAAUGAAAGAAAGUUCAAGAAAGGUGACUUUUGUUCCUGUUGGGGAAAAUCCAACCCGGUUAAGUAAACCUCUUGCACAAAUGAAAAGAAAAUCAAAUAAUGAAAAUGACGUUGACAUUGAAGAUGAUGACGACAGCAUCUGGAUGACAAAUGUAGUAGAGAGAUAUGAAAGUCGACCUGAUUCACAUCCUUUUCCCGAGAUGUGCCUUGCGGAAUUUUGCUCUGAAUAUCGUGUUCUGGCGAAAUCUCAGAUUCCUCAGGGAGAAAAAGAAACUGUUUUUGAAUUGAAGAAUGGAAAUGGAUACAUUCAGAAAAGAACAAGGGGAAAGCCAGCCGUAAUAAGAUAUCCAAGAUUCAACCCCGAAAAUGUACCAGAAAAGUAUUAUCAAUCAAUACUACAAUUGUUUCUUCCAUAUGUGACCCAAGAUCAGCUGAAACCACCUGGAUUCGACUUACACCAGACUUUUUAUGAAAAUGGGUUUGUCAAUAUGAAAACUGCAAACAAACUACAAUCAGUGAGAAAUAUUGUGGAAAAUAAUCGUAGUAUCUUUUCAAAGAAUGAGGAUGCCCUUGAAAAUGCACAGGAAACUUUAGAAUGUUAUGGUGAACCUGAAGAUGCUUGGGCAAACCUUUGUCCAGAAACUGAAAAGAAUCGAGAAGAAUGUCUAAAAGAAAAGAGGACAAUAGAACAAUCAGAAAAUAGAGAACCAGAGACUACGCAUGAAAUUGAACUUGAUGGUUGCUCAGACAUGAUCUAUCAUAUAAGGGAAAAUUCUAACUCAAGACAAGAAAUUAUUCCUUUAUUGAGAAGUUUAAAUCAAAAACAGAAGCAGAUUUUCUAUUUAGUUCGUGAUUGGUGUUUAAAGAAAGUGUCUGGAAAGAAAAUAGAACCAUUACAUAUCUUUGUCACCGGUGGUGCAGGGACAGGUAAGAGUCACCUGAUCAAGACUAUACAGUAUGAAGCUUCAAGGGUUUUUGAAAAAACACUUUUAACUCCUUCAGAUUUGUCAGUUCUUCUCACAGCUUUUACUGGAACAGCGGCUUUCAAUAUUGGGGGAAAUACAAUUCACCAUGUCUUUUCUUUGACCAAAGCACUACCUAUUCCUUACGAACCUCUGAAGGAACAGACUUUGAGUGCAAUGAGAGUAAAGUUAGCAUCUCUGCAGAUUUUAGUCAUUGAUGAAGUUUCAAUGGUUUUCAAACGACUUUUGUACUACGUUCACGAACGCCUGGUGCAGAUCAAGAAAUGUAAGGAACCAUUUGGUGGUAUUUCGAUUAUAGCUGUUGGAGAUUUCUUUCAAUUGCCUCCUGUAAAACAACGAAAAGCGGAAAUAUUGUACAAAGAAAAUGCAGAAUAUCCUAUUGACUACUGGUUAGACUUUUUCAAAAUCAUUGAGUUGGAUGAAAUAAUGAGACAACGAGAGGAUGCUGCAUUUGCUUCAGUUUUGAAUUCACUACGGGUUCGAACAAUUGAAGAACCACUAUCAGAAGAGGCGAAAACAAUGUUAAAAGAGUGCAUAAGAGAUGGACCAGACGAAGUGCUGCAUGUGUAUCCUACAAACGAAGAGGCAAAUGAAUAUAAUCUCAAGAUGUUGCAAACUAGUUGUGGAGAAUUGAUAGAGGUAGCUGCUGAAGAUUAUCAGAAAGACAAAACUACAGGAAAGCUGACAUUACGAGAAAAACCUUAUCUAAGGACAAGGACAGAUGGUCUUUCAACUUCAUUGCUGUUGUCUGUGAAUGCUAAAGUGAUGCUGACAAGAAAUAUCAAUGUGGAAGAUGGACUUGUUAAUGGCGCAAUGGGGCAUAUUUCAGAUUUUCAUUUUGGUACAACUCUGCAAAGAAAUAAGAUAGAAGGAAUUAAAGUGGUUUUUGAUUGUGAAGAUAUUGGGAGACUCCUAGGAAAAAGGACAGCACGUGGCAACGAAGUUCUGAUUCAAAGAAUACAAGAAGAUAUCAGAGAGAAAAAUACAAAGAAUUUUGUUCGACACCAGUUUCCUUUGAAACUCGCAUGGGCAUGCACAGCACAUAAAGUUCAAGGAAUGACAACUAACAGCGUUGUUGUUAAUUUAGAUCGCACUUUUGCUCCUGGACAGGCAUAUGUUGCAAUUAGUCGUGUCACUUCACAAAAUGGUUUAUUCAUAGAAACAAGAGAUGAAAAUGCUUUGGAGAAAAAAAUUUAUGCAAACCCAGACGUAAAAUCAGCACUGUGUAAGAUGGAGAAAUUAAUCCUAGUGCACAAUGAUAUCAGUUUCGGAGCAGAAAUAGGAAAAUUCAAGAGAAUUGUCUUAAUCAAUGUGCAAAGUUUAAGAGGACAUUUUCCAGACCUUAAAAGCGAUACCAGAUUUCUUAGUGCAAACUUUAUAUGUCUAACAGAAACAUGGUUGACAGACAAUGAAAGUACGAAAUACUUUGAAGUUCCUGACUUUGAAUUGAACCAUAUUACAAGGAAGCAGUCUUAUGAUGAAAGUAUGGACACAUUUGCUCAACUUCGUACAGCAAAAGGAGGAGGUGUUGGUGUUUACAAGAAGAGAAAGGAAAAGGCUUUAGUUAAUGGUUUACCUGAAACUAAUAUUGAGGGAAUGGCUGUAGAACUUUAUGAGGAGAACACUGUAAUCAUUCUUAUAUACCGACCAAGUACUCUGAGUGUCCGAUUUUUCUUAGAAAGUCUGCAGAAAGUUGUAGAUUUCUUUAAAGUGCAGCAUUCCAAAUGCCUUGUACUUGGAGAUUUUAAUGAAGACGCGCAACUGAAAGGACCAAUUCAAAGAAUGUUAGAGACCAAUGGCUUUAAGCAGAAAGUUAACUUUGCAACAACAGAGGGUGACACUAUUCUGGAUCAUGUAUAUGUAACAGAAGAGAUCGAAGCAAGUGUAGAAAUCAUGCCAGUCUAUUACAGCUAUCAUGACGCUGUUAUCGUACAUUUAAGAACAGAAUAG